UUCAGUCAGUCCCCAUGUAACUCAUUCCAGCAGCACUGGGCAUCCUUUGACUAGUCAAGAAACAUUCACAACAACAAUGUCCUCCUCUACAGAGGGUCAGUCUACAUCUCCAAAAACAAUAACACCCAAGGGAACAAGUGAAUCGCCGGUGUCGAUUUCUGAAGUCAGCACAAAUGGAUUUACAACAACUUCUAGCAGUGCUCAUUCCUCAGUGAAUGCCAUUUCCUCCUCAACACCAACGAAUGUUUCUCCCAGUUCAACCUCCACAUUCCCUUCAACCAGUCCCCAUGUAACUCAAACAACUGCAGAAAAUAAAAUUGGAACAUCACCAAGUUCCAGCAACACUGAGCUUCCCUUGACGAGCCAAGGAACAUCUACAACAAAACCUCCCUCCUCUACGGAGAGUCAGUCUACCUCUCCAGAAUCAGUAACAUCGAUAGGAUCAAGUGAAUCUCCAGUGUUGACUACCAAAGUCAGCACAAAUAGAGUUACAAUAAUGUCUAGCAGUGCUCAUUCCUCAACGAGUGCCAUUUCCUCCCCAUCAAACAGUGUUUUCCCCAGUUCAGCCUCCACAUUCCCUUCAGUCAGUCCCCAUGUAACUCAAACAACUGCAGAACAUAAAACUGGAACAUCACCAAGUUCCAACAACACUGAGCGUCCUCUUACUAGUCAUGGGACAUCCACAACAAACAUGUCCUCCUCUACAGAGGGUCAGUCUACAUCUCCAAAAACAGUGACAACCAAGGGAACAACUGAGUCGGCAGUGUCCACCUCCAAACUCACCACAAAUGGAAUUACAACAACUUUGAGCAGUGAUCAUUCCUCAGAGAGUGCCAUUUCCUCCUCAGCACCGACCAAUGUUUCCCCCGGUUCAACCUCCACAUUCACUUCAGUCAGUCCCCAUGUAACUCAUUCCAGCAACACUGGGCAUCCUUUAACUAGUCAAGAAAUAUCUACAACAAACAUGUCCGUCUCUACAGAGGGUCAGCCUACAUCUCCAAAAACAGUGACACCCAUGGGAACAACUGAGCCGGCUAUAUCCACCUCCAAACUCACCACAAAUGGAAUUACAACUUUGAGCAGAGAUCAUUCCUCAGAGAGUGCCAUUUCCUCCUCAACACCAACCAAUGUUUCCCCCAGUUCAACCUCCACAUUCACUUCAGUCAGUCCCCAUGUAACUCAUUCCAGCAGCACUGGGCAUCCUUUGACUAGUCAAGAAACAUUCACAACAACAAUGUCCUCCUCUACAGAGGGUCAGUCUACAUCUCCAAAAACAAUAACACCCAAGGGAACAAGUGAAUCGCCGGUGUCGAUUUCUGAAGUCAGCACAAAUGGAUUUACAACAACUUCUAGCAGUGCUCAUUCCUCAGUGAAUGCCAUUUCCUCCUCAACACCAACGAAUGUUUCUCCCAGUUCAACCUCCACAUUCCCUUCAACCAGUCACCAUGUAACUCAAACAACUGCAGAAAAUAAAAUUGGAACAUCACCAAGUUCCAGCAACACUGAGCUUCCCUUGACGAGCCAAGGAACAUCUACAACAAAACCUCCCUCCUCUACGGAGAGUCAGUCUACCUCUCCAGAAUCAGUAACAUCGAUAGGAUCAAGUGAAUCUCCAGUGUUGACUACCAAAGUCAGCACAAAUAGAGUUACAAUAAUGUCUAGCAGUGCUCAUUCCUCAACGAGUGCCAUUUCCUCCCCAUCAAACAGUGUUUUCCCCAGUUCAGCCUCCACAUUCCCUUCAGUCAGUCCCCAUGUAACUCAAACAACUGCAGAACAUAAAACUGGAACAUCACCAAGUUCCAGCAACACUGAGCUUCCCUUGACGAGCCAAGGAACAUCUACAACAAAACCUCCCUCCUCUACGGAGAGUCAGUCUACCUCUCCAGAAUCAGUAACAUCGAUAGGAUCAAGUGAAUCUCCAGUGUUGACUACCAAAGUCAGCACAAAUAGAGUUACAAUAAUGUCUAGCAGUGCUCAUUCCUCAACGAGUGCCAUUUCCUCCCCAUCAAACAGUGUUUUCCCCAGUUCAGCCUCCACAUUCCCUUCAGUCAGUCCCCAUGUAACUCAAACAACUGCAGAACAUAAAACUGGAACAUCACCAAGUUCCAACAACACUGAGCGUCCUCUUACUAGUCAUGGGACAUCCACAACAAACAUGUCCUCCUCUACAGAGGGUCAGUCUACAUCUCCAAAAACAGUGACAACCAAGGGAACAACUGAGUCGGCAGUGUCCACCUCCAAACUCACCACAAAUGGAAUUACAACAACUUUGAGCAGUGAUCAUUCCUCAGAGAGUGCCAUUUCCUCCUCAGCACCGACCAAUGUUUCCCCCGGUUCAACCUCCACAUUCACUUCAGUCAGUCCCCAUGUAACUCAUUCCAGCAACACUGGGCAUCCUUUAACUAGUCAAGAAAUAUCUACAACAAACAUGUCCGUCUCUACAGAGGGUCAGCCUACAUCUCCAAAAACAGUGACACCCAUGGGAACAACUGAGCCGGCUAUAUCCACCUCCAAACUCACCACAAAUGGAAUUACAACUUUGAGCAGAGAUCAUUCCUCAGAGAGUGCCAUUUCCUCCUCAACACCAACCAAUGUUUCCCCCAGUUCAACCUCCACAUUCACUUCAGUCAGUCCCCAUGUAACUCAUUCCAGCAGCACUGGGCAUCCUUUGACUAGUCAAGAAACAUUCACAACAACAAUGUCCUCCUCUACAGAGGGUCAGUCUACAUCUCCAAAAACAAUAACACCCAAGGGAACAAGUGAAUCGCCGGUGUCGAUUUCUGAAGUCAGCACAAAUGGAUUUACAACAACUUCUAGCAGUGCUCAUUCCUCAGUGAAUGCCAUUUCCUCCUCAACACCAACGAAUGUUUCUCCCAGUUCAACCUCCACAUUCCCUUCAACCAGUCACCAUGUAACUCAAACAACUGCAGAAAAUAAAAUUGGAACAUCACCAAGUUCCAGCAACACUGAGCUUCCCUUGACGAGCCAAGGAACAUCUACAACAAAACCUCCCUCCUCUACGGAGAGUCAGUCUACCUCUCCAGAAUCAGUAACAUCGAUAGGAUCAAGUGAAUCUCCAGUGUUGACUACCAAAGUCAGCACAAAUAGAGUUACAAUAAUGUCUAGCAGUGCUCAUUCCUCAACGAGUGCCAUUUCCUCCCCAUCAAACAGUGUUUUCCCCAGUUCAGCCUCCACAUUCCCUUCAGUCAGUCCCCAUGUAACUCAAACAACUGCAGAACAUAAAACUGGAACAUCACCAAGUUCCAGCAACACUGAGCUUCCCUUGACGAGCCAAGGAACAUCUACAACAAAACCUCCCUCCUCUACGGAGAGUCAGUCUACCUCUCCAGAAUCAGUAACAUCGAUAGGAUCAAGUGAAUCUCCAGUGUUGACUACCAAAGUCAGCACAAAUAGAGUUACAAUAAUGUCUAGCAGUGCUCAUUCCUCAACGAGUGCCAUUUCCUCCCCAUCAAACAGUGUUUUCCCCAGUUCAGCCUCCACAUUCCCUUCAGUCAGUCCCCAUGUAACUCAAACAACUGCAGAACAUAAAACUGGAACAUCACCAAAUUCCAACAACACUGAGCGUCCUCUUACUAGUCAUGGGACAUCCACAACAAACAUGUCCUCCUCUACAGAGGGUCAGUCUACAUCUCCAAAAACAGUGACAACCAAGGGAACAACUGAGUCGGCAGUGUCCACCUCCAAACUCACCACAAAUGGAAUUACAACAACUUUGAGCAGUGAUCAUUCCUCAGAGAGUGCCAUUUCCUCCUCAGCACCGACCAAUGUUUCCCCCGGUUCAACCUCCACAUUCACUUCAGUCAGUCCCCAUGUAACUCAUUCCAGCAACACUGGGCAUCCUUUAACUAGUCAAGAAAUAUCUACAACAAACAUGUCCGUCUCUACAGAGGGUCAGCCUACAUCUCCAAAAACAGUGACACCCAUGGGAACAACUGAGCCGGCUAUAUCCACCUCCAAACUCACCACAAAUGGAAUUACAACUUUGAGCAGAGAUCAUUCCUCAGAGAGUGCCAUUUCCUCCUCAACACCAACCAAUGUUUCCCCCAGUUCAACCUCCACAUUCACUUCAGUCAGUCCCCAUGUAACUCAUUCCAGCAGCACUGGGCAUCCUUUGACUAGUCAAGAAACAUUCACAACAACAAUGUCCUCCUCUACAGAGGGUCAGUCUACAUCUCCAAAAACAAUAACACCCAAGGGAACAAGUGAAUCGCCGGUGUCGAUUUCUGAAGUCAGCACAAAUGGAUUUACAACAACUUCUAGCAGUGCUCAUUCCUCAGUGAAUGCCAUUUCCUCCUCAACACCAACGAAUGUUUCUCCCAGUUCAACCUCCACAUUCCCUUCAACCAGUCACCAUGUAACUCAAACAACUGCAGAAAAUAAAAUUGGAACAUCACCAAGUUCCAGCAACACUGAGCUUCCCUUGACGAGCCAAGGAACAUCUACAACAAAACCUCCCUCCUCUACGGAGAGUCAGUCUACCUCUCCAGAAUCAGUAACAUCGAUAGGAUCAAGUGAAUCUCCAGUGUUGACUACCAAAGUCAGCACAAAUAGAGUUACAAUAAUGUCUAGCAGUGCUCAUUCCUCAACGAGUGCCAUUUCCUCCCCAUCAAACAGUGUUUUCCCCAGUUCAGCCUCCACAUUCCCUUCAGUCAGUCCCCAUGUAACUCAAACAACUGCAGAACAUAAAACUGGAACAUCACCAAGUUCCAACAACACUGAGCGUCCUCUUACUAGUCAUGGGACAUCCACAACAAACAUGUCCUCCUCUACAGAGGGUCAGUCUACAUCUCCAAAAACAGUGACAACCAAGGGAACAACUGAGUCGGCAGUGUCCACCUCCAAACUCACCACAAAUGGAAUUACAACAACUUUGAGCAGUGAUCAUUCCUCAGAGAGUGCCAUUUCCUCCUCAGCACCGACCAAUGUUUCCCCCGGUUCAACCUCCACAUUCACUUCAGUCAGUCCCCAUGUAACUCAUUCCAGCAACACUGGGCAUCCUUUAACUAGUCAAGAAAUAUCUACAACAAACAUGUCCGUCUCUACAGAGGGUCAGCCUACAUCUCCAAAAACAGUGACACCCAUGGGAACAACUGAGCCGGCUAUAUCCACCUCCAAACUCACCACAAAUGGAAUUACAACUUUGAGCAGAGAUCAUUCCUCAGAGAGUGCCAUUUCCUCCUCAACACCAACCAAUGUUUCCCCCAGUUCAACCUCCACAUUCACUUCAGUCAGUCCCCAUGUAACUCAUUCCAGCAGCACUGGGCAUCCUUUGACUAGUCAAGAAACAUUCACAACAACAAUGUCCUCCUCUACAGAGGGUCAGUCUACAUCUCCAAAAACAAUAACACCCAAGGGAACAAGUGAAUCGCCGGUGUCGAUUUCUGAAGUCAGCACAAAUGGAUUUACAACAACUUCUAGCAGUGCUCAUUCCUCAGUGAAUGCCAUUUCCUCCUCAACACCAACGAAUGUUUCUCCCAGUUCAACCUCCACAUUCCCUUCAACCAGUCACCAUGUAACUCAAACAACUGCAGAAAAUAAAAUUGGAACAUCACCAAGUUCCAGCAACACUGAGCUUCCCUUGACGAGCCAAGGAACAUCUACAACAAAACCUCCCUCCUCUACGGAGAGUCAGUCUACCUCUCCAGAAUCAGUAACAUCGAUAGGAUCAAGUGAAUCUCCAGUGUUGACUACCAAAGUCAGCACAAAUAGAGUUACAAUAAUGUCUAGCAGUGCUCAUUCCUCAACGAGUGCCAUUUCCUCCCCAUCAAACAGUGUUUUCCCCAGUUCAGCCUCCACAUUCCCUUCAGUCAGUCCCCAUGUAACUCAAACAACUGCAGAACAUAAAACUGGAACAUCACCAAGUUCCAGCAACACUGAGCUUCCCUUGACGAGCCAAGGAACAUCUACAACAAAACCUCCCUCCUCUACGGAGAGUCAGUCUACCUCUCCAGAAUCAGUAACAUCGAUAGGAUCAAGUGAAUCUCCAGUGUUGACUACCAAAGUCAGCACAAAUAGAGUUACAAUAAUGUCUAGCAGUGCUCAUUCCUCAACGAGUGCCAUUUCCUCCCCAUCAAACAGUGUUUUCCCCAGUUCAGCCUCCACAUUCCCUUCAGUCAGUCCCCAUGUAACUCAAACAACUGCAGAACAUAAAACUGGAACAUCACCAAGUUCCAACAACACUGAGCGUCCUCUUACUAGUCAUGGGACAUCCACAACAAACAUGUCCUCCUCUACAGAGGGUCAGUCUACAUCUCCAAAAACAGUGACAACCAAGGGAACAACUGAGUCGGCAGUGUCCACCUCCAAACUCACCACAAAUGGAAUUACAACAACUUUGAGCAGUGAUCAUUCCUCAGAGAGUGCCAUUUCCUCCUCAGCACCGACCAAUGUUUCCCCCGGUUCAACCUCCACAUUCACUUCAGUCAGUCCCCAUGUAACUCAUUCCAGCAACACUGGGCAUCCUUUAACUAGUCAAGAAAUAUCUACAACAAACAUGUCCGUCUCUACAGAGGGUCAGCCUACAUCUCCAAAAACAGUGACACCCAUGGGAACAACUGAGCCGGCUAUAUCCACCUCCAAACUCACCACAAAUGGAAUUACAACUUUGAGCAGAGAUCAUUCCUCAGAGAGUGCCAUUUCCUCCUCAACACCAACCAAUGUUUCCCCCAGUUCAACCUCCACAUUCACUUCAGUCAGUCCCCAUGUAACUCAUUCCAGCAGCACUGGGCAUCCUUUGACUAGUCAAGAAACAUUCACAACAACAAUGUCCUCCUCUACAGAGGGUCAGUCUACAUCUCCAAAAACAAUAACACCCAAGGGAACAAGUGAAUCGCCGGUGUCGAUUUCUGAAGUCAGCACAAAUGGAUUUACAACAACUUCUAGCAGUGCUCAUUCCUCAGUGAAUGCCAUUUCCUCCUCAACACCAACGAAUGUUUCUCCCAGUUCAACCUCCACAUUCCCUUCAACCAGUCACCAUGUAACUCAAACAACUGCAGAAAAUAAAAUUGGAACAUCACCAAGUUCCAGCAACACUGAGCUUCCCUUGACGAGCCAAGGAACAUCUACAACAAAACCUCCCUCCUCUACGGAGAGUCAGUCUACCUCUCCAGAAUCAGUAACAUCGAUAGGAUCAAGUGAAUCUCCAGUGUUGACUACCAAAGUCAGCACAAAUAGAGUUACAAUAAUGUCUAGCAGUGCUCAUUCCUCAACGAGUGCCAUUUCCUCCCCAUCAAACAGUGUUUUCCCCAGUUCAGCCUCCACAUUCCCUUCAGUCAGUCCCCAUGUAACUCAAACAACUGCAGAACAUAAAACUGGAACAUCACCAAGUUCCAGCAACACUGAGCUUCCCUUGACGAGCCAAGGAACAUCUACAACAAAACCUCCCUCCUCUACGGAGAGUCAGUCUACCUCUCCAGAAUCAGUAACAUCGAUAGGAUCAAGUGAAUCUCCAGUGUUGACUACCAAAGUCAGCACAAAUAGAGUUACAAUAAUGUCUAGCAGUGCUCAUUCCUCAACGAGUGCCAUUUCCUCCCCAUCAAACAGUGUUUUCCCCAGUUCAGCCUCCACAUUCCCUUCAGUCAGUCCCCAUGUAACUCAAACAACUGCAGAACAUAAAACUGGAACAUCACCAAGUUCCAACAACACUGAGCGUCCUCUUACUAGUCAUGGGACAUCCACAACAAACAUGUCCUCCUCUACAGAGGGUCAGUCUACAUCUCCAAAAACAGUGACAACCAAGGGAACAACUGAGUCGGCAGUGUCCACCUCCAAACUCACCACAAAUGGAAUUACAACAACUUUGAGCAGUGAUCAUUCCUCAGAGAGUGCCAUUUCCUCCUCAGCACCGACCAAUGUUUCCCCCGGUUCAACCUCCACAUUCACUUCAGUCAGUCCCCAUGUAACUCAUUCCAGCAACACUGGGCAUCCUUUAACUAGUCAAGAAAUAUCUACAACAAACAUGUCCGUCUCUACAGAGGGUCAGCCUACAUCUCCAAAAACAGUGACACCCAUGGGAACAACUGAGCCGGCUAUAUCCACCUCCAAACUCACCACAAAUGGAAUUACAACUUUGAGCAGAGAUCAUUCCUCAGAGAGUGCCAUUUCCUCCUCAACACCAACCAAUGUUUCCCCCAGUUCAACCUCCACAUUCACUUCAGUCAGUCCCCAUGUAACUCAUUCCAGCAGCACUGGGCAUCCUUUGACUAGUCAAGAAACAUUCACAACAACAAUGUCCUCCUCUACAGAGGGUCAGUCUACAUCUCCAAAAACAAUAACACCCAAGGGAACAAGUGAAUCGCCGGUGUCGAUUUCUGAAGUCAGCACAAAUGGAUUUACAACAACUUCUAGCAGUGCUCAUUCCUCAGUGAAUGCAAUUUCCUCCUCAACACCAACGAAUGUUUCUCCCAGUUCAACCUCCACAUUCCCUUCAACCAGUCACCAUUCAUGGGACAUCCACAACAAACAUGUCCUCCUCUACAGAGGGUCAGUCUACAUCUCCAAAAACAGUGACAACCAAGGGAACAACUGA